GAGUAGAGGCGGUAAUAUGGUUCUUUUGAAUGACUAUUGUGGGAACUGCCUAUAUCACUCAGACAAUUGUUCCUGCCUGGAGGAUUUGGUGAUCCCCUGCUACUAGACACGGAAGCCUGUUAAGCGAAAGCUUCUUCUAUUCCGUCCACAACCAUUUGAACCAUUUUAGUUACAUUGGUUUAUCUACUUCGGAGUUAGGGGAAGACUUUCGUUUGUUCUGAGAUGAGAUUAACGAAAAUACUCAUCGGUCUAUAUGUGGGCUCGUAAUCAAUUGCAUUUGCAUCCCAUAGUGUUUAACUUGAUUGAUGUUUAACAUAUUUGAAAGUAAUAAAGAUAAUACAACUGAAGAUGGAAGGCUAUUGUAUAACAUUUUCAGCCUAGUUUAUAUUUUUGGAGGAGCGGUUCCUUAUAUUCCACAAUAUUUAAAAAUUCGCAAAACACAAUCUAUUAAAGGUUUUUCCUCAUUUGUUUGUUUUAUACUUUUAAUAUCGAAUGUUCUAAGAAUAUUGUUUUGGUUUGUACAGCCAUUUUCAACCGCCUUACUUUUUCAAAGUUUCAUUAUCAUUGCUACUAUGCUUAUUCUACUGAGAGCUAUUACUCAGUUGUCUAGCAUAAAGCGUUCUCCGUCUAUGCCAUGUACAAUCAUUAUUAGGAAAGUAGACACAGAGACUUGGAAUAUCAAUCAGUUCCAAGAUAUCUGGCUUCGUAAUUUUUGGAAAUGGACACGUUUCUCUAACUAUUUAUUAUUCCUAUGUUUAUUUACACUGAUUUCCGGUCUGUGCACUUACUUAUUGUCAUCGAGUCAAAUUUAUAUUCAAUUAUUGGGCUUUACUGCCUUGUUUAUCGAAUCUAUGUUGGGUUUACCACAAUUUACGAAGAAUUUUUAUAAUAAAUCGAUUGUUGGAAUGAGUAUUUCAAUGGUGUUAAUGUGGACUUCAGGUGAUAUAUUUAAAACAAUUUACUUUAUAUUAGAAAAUGCCCCAUUACAGUUUCUAAUGUGUGGUUUACUACAGAUUGGAUUAGAUUUAGCCAUUCUUCUACAAUGUUUAUUUUAUAGAGGUGAAGGAUUUACGUGAUAUGAAUGCUACAAUUGAUUAAGUCAAUAUGGACAGCGAAGACAGUGGUGUCAGUUUGUAUGUGAUUGUGGAUUGUAAAGUUACUUUCUUGUUUAUCUGAAAUAUUUAUCAUUUUGUACUUCGGUUGUAGAGAGAUCUUUUCUAUUCCAAUCAAUCUCACGUACCAAUUCUCUUUUUAUUUUGAGAUCUCAUCUAGGUGACAUUGUAUAUUUGUCUAAUUUUUGUGAUUGUUCACUUUUGUAUUUUCUUUGCAAUUCUUAUGUAUUUCAGCUUAAAGUAAACUUGGAGCGAUUACUAUAACCCUCUGAUUAUGUCAUUUUUGUCAGAUUGUUCGGUCUACUAUAUGUGAUAAUGAAGAGUUUAUAAACAGUUAAUAAAUUUAUCGCUUUGGG